CAGAAAAGACAGAACCAGAGUGCAGUAAUACAUACAUUUACAUUUACAUACAUUGCUGCAGAGCCCAAGGCAGAAAGAAAAUUACAAUCAAAGUCCAAUAAUCAGACGAAUGGAUCCCAGCCAGUCUUUCAGUCACACCCGGCCAUAUCCAGAACAGUCCGUGGUCGGUGUGCAGCCUGCAGUUUUUGUGACCGUCGCUCCACUGGCCUAUGCAGUGCCAGAUUACUUGGGUUACUCCAUCUUUACCAUGCUGUGCUGCUGUUUACCUCUGGGCAUUGCUGCGCUGAUUUACUCCUGCUCUACUCGAGAUGCCAACUACAGAGGACAGCGAGAAUUAGCCGAGAGGAACUCCAAAACAGCGCUCGUGCUGAAUCAUAUCGGCCUUGGGAUUGGUCUUGUUGUUAUUGUAUUGAUGAUUAUCAUCCAGAUGACGAAAUGAAGAUAAAAGCUGUUGGAGCUGACAUGGCUGGAUGAAGAAUACAAACAGAUUUGUUUUUCUUUAUUUUAAAUGUUACUUGCUCAAUUUAUCAUUAUUCUUGUGCUUUAAGGCUGAUUAAUCUAUGUUU